GUUGCUUCCUUGGUCAUUUGCAUUUCUCUGUGGCCGUGGAUUGCGGUUUCAACUAAUUCGCCAGUGUUUAGGCAUUUUCCUCAUUAUCUUAAAUUUAGUUAUAAACUCAUUUCUUAUCCGUGUAUUUUUCAUAGACUGUGGCUAGUUUGUGAAACAAGUUUCUCUAUAGAAUCAUUCUUUAAUGAUAUUUUAGUGUGUUAGCUCAUGAAAAACAAUCAGUGCUAGGUUGUCAAAAUGGCUGCGCGCGAUCCUUCUGACGAUUCUUUAUAUCCUAUUGCUGUACUGAUCGACGAAUUGAAAAAUGAGGAUGUUCAGCAACGUUUGAAUUCAAUAAAGAAAUUGUCAACUAUUGCGUUGGCAUUGGGUGUUGAGCGUACCAGGACAGAGCUCAUUCCAUUUCUUACUGAAACAAUCUACGAUGAAGAUGAAGUACUGUUGGCCCUUGCUGAACAACUUGGACAAUUCACAACUUUGGUCGGUGGGCCCGAAUUUGUUGACUGUCUUUUGCCGCCGCUAGAGUCGCUGGCAACGGUUGAGGAGACAGUGGUGCGUGACAAGGCAGUGGACUCACUGCGGCUGAUCAGCUCUGAGCACAGCACCAAUGACCUUGAACUGCGUUUCGUGCCACUAGUGCAGCGCCUCGCCACCGGUGACUGGUUCACUGCUCGCACCUCCGCCUGUGGCCUCUUCUCCGUCUGCUACCCACGUGUCAGCGCACAGUUCAAGGCUGACCUGCGCAACCAUUUCCGCAGUCUCUGCCAGGAUGACACACCGAUGGUGAGGAGAGCGGCCACUUGCAAACUGGGCGAAUUCGCCAAAGUCGUCGAAGUCGAAUACUUGAAGUCUGAUUUGAUACCGAUGUUCGUUAAUUUAGCACAAGAUGAACAGGACUCAGUUCGACUGCUGGCGGUGGAGGCGUGCGUGAGCAUAGCGACGUUGCUGGCCCAGGAGGACGUGGAGCAGCUGGUGAUGCCCACACUGCGCAAGUGCACCAUCGACUCGUCGUGGCGCGUGCGCUACAUGGUGGCCGACAAGUUCACCGAACUGCAGAAGGCGGUCGGCACCGAAAUCACCAAGUCGGACCUGGUGCCCGCCUUCCAGUCGCUGCUGAAGGACUCGGAGGCCGAGGUGAGGGCGGCCGCCGCCCACAAGGUGCGCGACUUUUGCCACAACCUCGACGCUUACCAGAAGGAGGAGAUCAUCAUGAAGAACAUCCUGCCCUUUGUCAAGGAGCUCGUCACCGACCCCAACCAGCACGUCAAGUCGGCGCUUGCCUCUGUCAUCAUGGGCCUCAGUCCCAUCCUCGGCAAGCACAACACAAUAGAACAUCUUCUUCCCUUAUUCCUGUUACAACUGAAAGACGAGUGCCCUGAGGUGCGCUUGAACAUCAUCUCAAACCUGGAUUGCGUAAACGAAGUCAUCGGAAUCCAACAGGUUAGCACUGCUCUUUCUUUAUCAUACAAUUUUUCAAUUUAUUUAUUAAAAACACAAGACAAAACAAAAUUACAAAGAUUUACGAAACAAAUAAAACACAAUAAAAUGUUACAAAUAUAAAAAACCAUGGGCUUAGUGUUUGGGUGUGUUGGAGAAGAGAAAAAAAAGAGAGGAAGAUACCUAGCCAACUAUGUGUAUGCUAUUCGGGAAGCAGCGACAUUGAACCUGAAAAAGCUUGUCGAGAAAUUUGGAGCUGAUUGGGCCUGCAACACAGUUAUUCCGAAAAUCCAGUUCAUGGCCAGGGAUCACAACUACUUGCACCGUAUGACUUGUCUCUUCAGUAUUAAUGUGUUGGCUGGCGUGUGUGGACCAGAAAUCACAGAGAAAUUGAUGCUGCCAACCGUUAUUGAGAUGGCGUUCGAUUCUGUCGCAAAUGUAAGAUUCAAUGUGGCGAAAACCUUACAAAAAAUCAGCCCCGUUCUUGAUCCCAAUGUAAUCCAGGCACAGGUGAAACCAGUUUUAGAUCAACUCAAUACAGACUCUGACGUUGAUGUGAAAUACUUUGCUUCAGAAGCAAUUGCCGGCAUUGCAGAUAAGAAAAUCACUAUCAAAACGGAAAAAGAAGAAGAAAUAGCAAAUUGUACAAACGAGACAAAUGAGGGUUGACAUGGGUUGCCUGGCACCUGGAUCCGAUCUUCGUAAAGCAACAUGGCUAACUAGCAAUCGCCUAAUUUUCCAUGGUCACACUUCUACAUUUUUGUCAAAUUCAUACUUUACAUACUGGAAAUCGAGUCUUAUCAUUUUCAUCUAUCAAAGUAUAUCUCCUGUAAUAUUUUAUGAGUAUCUUUAAUCAGAACUCAGUUUGUAUCUGACAUUAUGGUUUGAAUGAAAUUAUUACCAUAUUAGAACGAUUGAGGUCCUCAUUAGAUUUUAUAACAAUAAUUAUAGAAUGCUAUAACCCAACAAAUCCUAAAAUGCUAUUAAAUAUUGUUUUAAGUCGAGUAGAUUGUGUAUUUAAUGUCAUAAUAUGUAAUAUUGUUACGCAAUGUUGAUGAAUAUUAUAAGUUAGUUUUGUGUAAAGAGGUCAGCAUAUCAAAUAUUAUUUGAGCAGGCUUUUUGAUACCUGUUGUCAUUUCAAAUAUGUCUUCUUCGUUCUUGAAUUUAUAUGAUCAGAUCAUUUAUUAGAAAAUGUCUAGUUUCUAACUGGAACUAGAUUUGUCAUCUUAUUCUCAAAGUGAUUAUCUGCAAUCUGAGUAUUCGGUUCUUCUAAAUUUAUUUGUAUAUUUUAUUGAAUUAAUAUUGUUAUUUUAAUAAAAUGUGUUGAAUUCAGUACAAUGACCAAUUCAAAAGAAGCUGAAGAAUUACAUUUUCAUUUUUAACUUAUGUAAAUAGGAUAGAAUGGAUAUGAAUUGAAUAAAGAAUGCUUCUUUCUUGGUAA